AUGCGCCAGGGUAUCGUUUCUUUCGUUGUCAUCGUUCUCCUGGCUGGUUACGUAGCUGCUUCGCCAGUUCCUGACUCGGUUGUUAUCGACAGUGUCAAGACGCGGAGCUACGCUGAACCCCCUGAAACGGUUACCAACACCAACCAUGACGUGAGAAUCCUGCGAAAUCGUGUCACGAACGCUGCGGAAGAAGAAAGAGCCGGAUGGGGCGUCAGCAAGUUUCUCGCCAGCAAAUGGCAAAGCCUAACGGGGAAAUCGCUUCAUGUCAAGGAUGUGAAGCGCGAUUUUGCCAUGACCGACAUCGCGAACAUGCUACAAAGCUCAACCACCAGGCGAAAAAUGUUCAAGAAGUGGAAUAAGUACUCGAUACCGGACCUCCGAACCAACAUUGGUGAUGACACCCUGAAGCAACCGCGAGUUGCCAAAAUGUUUGAGAAAUACAUCAGGCGACGCAAAGACUUCAAGACGCCUGUAGCUUCGUAG